UCUCUCUCUCUCUCUCUCUCUCUCUCUCUCUCUCGUUCUCUGUGUCCAUCUCUUUUACUUUUUCCCGUCAGUACAGUACAGUGUGUGGUCACUUGCUGUGUUGUUCCCCCUGCUGAGUGUUCCAGUGCAGAAGAGAGGAGAGUACAGCUUCAAACUGAAAGAAGAGAGCCAGCUGCUUACAAAAACCAAAGUCUUUGGAUCUGAGAGUGAUUUCGCUGCUUGAGUAUGGAGUCUGCCCCCCCAUAUCCUGGUGGUCCCCCUGUGGGUUACGGUGCAACGACCCCCCAGCCCGGAUUCCAGCCCGCCCCCUACCCACCUGGUCAGGCCCCUGGUAUGUAUCCUCCUUCCCCUGGCCACUAUCCUGCAGGAGGACCCACGCCAGUUAUAGUGCAGCCAGCAGCCACGGUCACUACGGUGGUGCUGGCUCCUCAGCUGACGAUGGCUCCGGGUUCGAUGGCGUGUCCCCACUGCCAGGAGAACAUCGUCACGCGCGUCAACUUCGACAACGGCCUGAUGACCUGGCUCGUCUGUGGAGGACUCUGCAUAGUGGGGUGCUGGCCCUGCUGUCUGAUCCCCUUCUGUGUUGACUCUCUGAAGGAUGUUCAUCACCACUGCCCCAAGUGCAACCGCCUCAUUCACGUAUACAAGCGAUUAUAAACACACACACACACACGGGCACACACACAGGAACA